UGUGUGUGUGUAAUCUCGUCGGCGCCUCUCUAUAACAACAGUCUGGUGGACCUGUCUGUCAAUCCAGCCCAACCAGACAGACCCUGGCUCUCGGCCUCUCUCUGGUGAGAGCUGCUCUGUGAUUGGUUGACAGCGGCGCCGCUCUGUGAGAGCCGCUCUGUGAUUGGUUGACGGCAGCAGCGCUCUGUGAGAGCCGGCCUCUGAUUGGCUGCGACGAUGUCGAGACACUGACGCGCACGACGUCUCCCCCUCUAUUGUUAUUGUGGCGUGCGCGAGGAGGGACCAGCAGACAGGAUGCACGAGGAGACAGAGAGACAGAGGGACAGAGGGACUGAUAUAGAGACAUCCAGCUACUAGCUGUUAGCACGGCUCCUCAUCCAGGCUACCGGGGGACCGGGUUGGGUUAGGGCUAGAGCGGGUUCUAGUCCGGACAUCAGGUCUAGCAGAGAGAACAGUCCGGGUUCUAGUCGGGUUAGUGGAGCAGACAGCAGCUCUGAGGAUCUCUGAGGAUCUCUGAGGGACCAACAGCGUCUUUCUGUCCAACUUCUGCUGAUGUGGACUGAUUCAGAGCUGGGCCAUCAUGACGCCAGUGAACUUUCUGGUCACUCACUGGCUGACCAACUUAACACCAGCAGCAUCAUGUCGGUGAACCCUCCGAGCAGCAACGACGCCUGCCUCAGCAUCGUCCACAGCCUCAUGUGCCACCGGCAGGGCGGAGAGAACGAGGGCUUCGCCAAGCGGGCCAUCGAGAGCCUGGUGAAGAAGCUGAAGGAGAAGAAGGACGAGCUGGACUCGCUCAUCACCGCCAUCACCACCAACGGUGUCCAUCCCAGCAAGUGCGUCACCAUCCAGAGGACGCUGGACGGACGGCUGCAGGUGGCCGGGAGGAAAGGUUUCCCUCAUGUCAUUUAUGCCCGGCUGUGGCGCUGGCCCGACCUCCACAAAAACGAACUCAAGCACGUGAAGUUCUGCCAGUACGCCUUCGACCUGAAGUACGACAACGUGUGUGUCAACCCCUACCACUACGAGAGGGUGGUGUCUCCGGGCAUCGUUGGUCUCAGCCUUCAGACCUCAGCACCAGGCGGCCUGAUCAAAGAGGAAUACAUCCAUGACUGUAUACAGAUGGACCUCCCACCGGGCAUGCCUCUCUCUGACCACCAAGCGGCCCUGAAGCUCCCUCCUCCAGACCACUACGGCCAGCCCUUACCUCCUCCACAGCUGUCCUCUGAGCCCCACGGACCCCCACCUGUCACCAGAUACACUAACCUGCCUGUCUCACCCAAAGUGUCUGGCUCCGGCUCCAUGCUACCACUGCAGGGCGGUCUCGGUGACGGCCGUCUCCAGACUGCAUCUCCACAGGCUCAAGUCAUGACCCCGGCGCCGCGAUCUCCGACCCCGACCCAACCCCUUCCUCAGCAACAGGCUGCCCAGCAACCCUCACAGCCCCCCCACCCACAACAAGCCUCCCUGCCUCCGCAUGGACAGAACGGAUACAGCAGCAAUAAACACGCUCAGAGCCAGGCGGCCUUCCACACAGUUUGGACAGGCAGCAGCACGGCCUCCUAUACUCCCAUAGGACCCCAGCAGAACGGGCGUGGUCACCAACAACCUGCCCACCAUCAUCAAAACCACCACUGGUCUCAGCAUCAUGGUUCAGCCUCUUUCCCUCCUUCAGUGUCCAACCAUCCAGGGCCAGAGUUUUGGUGCUCUAUCUCCUACUUUGAAAUGGACGUUCAGGUGGGUGAGAUGUUCAAGGUGCCCUCCAGCUGCCCGAUAGUGACCGUGGACGGGUACGUUGACCCGUCGGGAGGCGAUCGCUUCUGCCUCGGCCAGCUGAGUAACGUCCACCGCACAGAUGCAAGCGAGAGAGCCAGGUUGCACAUAGGUAAAGGCGUGCAGCUGGAGUGUCGCGGUGAGGGCGACGUGUGGAUGCGUUGUAUGAGCGACCACGCUGUAUUUGUACAGAGCUACUACCUCGACAGGGAGGCGGGCCGAGCGCCGGGGGACGCCGUGCACAAGAUCUACCCUGGAGCCUACAUCAAGGUGUUUGACCUGCGGCAGUGCCACAGACAGAUGCAGCAGCAGGCGGCGACGGCUCAGGCUGCAGCUGCUGCACAGGCAGCCGCCGUGGCAGGAAACAUCCCCGGUCCGGGCAGCGUCGGAGGCAUCGCACCUGCAGUCAGUCUGUCUGCAGCAGCGGGGAUCGGCGUGGACGACCUGAGGCGUCUGUGCAUCCUGCGGCUCAGCUUCGUGAAGGGCUGGGGGCCCGACUACCCGCGGCAGAGCAUCAAACACACGCCCUGCUGGGUGGAGGUCCACCUGCACCGCGCUCUGCAGCUUCUGGAUGAGGUGUUGCACACUAUGCCGCUGGCCGACCCGGGGCCCGCUAACUGAGGACCGCGGUCCAAAUUCCAAUCUGGAUUCUAUAAAUGUGCGCACACAGACAGACAUACACACACACACACACACACACACGUUUGCCAAAUAUGCUAAUUGAUCCACUCAAUGGAAAACACACAGGAAAUGACCAACAACAUGUUAUGCUUGUAACAAUCAACGCACACACAUCACUCACGCUGUCUCGCAGACAAACACACUCGUGCACACACACUGCAACCAAAGUGUCUGUAGCCACACAGAAAUAAAAGUGCUGAUGGUUU